UAUCACACUCGCACCAAACUAUCCAAUCAGCGAGCUCGAGGUUGUGAGGCUCAGUGAAAACAAGAUGUCAGCGUCCAUGGGUAGCCCAUGGUGAAGGUUGUGUUGUUUAUAAAGGGAGGCGCUUUGAGACAUGCUGGGCUUGACGUUAAGAGAAGUUUCCUUGGCUCUCAGGGAAGGCAAAGUAAGCCCCACAGAGCUCUGUCAAAGAUGCCUGCACUUCAUUAGGAAAACAAAGUUUCUUAAUGCCUACGUAACUGUCACUGAAGAAAUUGCACUGAAGCAAGCUGAGCAAGCAGAGAAGAGGUUUCUAAAAGGUGAGACACUGGGGCCACUAGAUGGGAUUCCCAUUGCAGUGAAGGAUAACUUUUCUACAGCAAGCAUUCAAACAACAUGUGCUUCUCAAAUGUUAAAAGGCUAUAUCCCUCCAUUCAAUGCAACUGUAGUUCAGAAGUUGCUGGACCAAGGUGCUGUGCUUAUGGGAAAAACAAACCUAGAUGAAUUUGCAAUGGGUUCUGGCAGCACAGACACCAUCUUUGGACCAGUGCGCAAUCCCUGGGGUUAUUCCAGGCAGUACCAGGAAAGGUGUGCACAGAAUCCUGAAGACACCAAGGACAGCUCUGAUUGGUUGAUAACAGGUGGAAGCUCGGGGGGGAGCGCUGCUUCUGUUGCUUCGUUAACCUGUUUUGCGUCGUUGGGCUCAGACACAGGCGGGUCAACGAGGAACCCUGCUGCCUACUGUGGAGUUGUUGGCCUAAAACCUACUUACGGGCUCCUUUCUCGCCACGGACUCAUCCCCCUGGUGAACUCCAUGGACGUACCUGGCAUCCUGACCAGGAGUGUGCAUGAUGCAGCCACCGUUCUAGGGGUGCUAGGUGGUCAUGACCCAAAGGACUCCACCACAGUACCAGAGCCAUUCAAACCUUUCAGCCUGCCAGAUGAGAUAGAUGUCAGGAAUGUGUGUGUUGGUAUUCCAAGGGAGUACCAUGCUCCUGGCUUGUCCAAAGAAAUACUGGCCCAUUGGACCAAAGCUGCAGAGCUGUUUGAAAAGGCAGGUGCCAGAGUUGUUGAGGUGUCCCUUCCUCACACCCAGCACUCCAUUGUGUGUUAUCACGUCCUCUGCACAGCAGAGGUGGCAUCAAACAUGGCCCGCUUUGAUGGGCUGGAAUACGGCCAUCGCAGUACCAUAGACAGCUCAACCGAGGUCAUGUAUGCAUCAACCAGACACGAGGGGUUCAAUGAUGUCGUGAGAGGAAGAAUACUGUCUGGAAACUACUUCCUUUUAAAACAAAAUUAUGAUCGCUACUUUGUCAAAGCACAGAAGGUGAGACGCCUCAUUGCGAACGACUUCAUGAAGGUGUUCAGCUCUGGAGUGGAUGUGCUGCUAACACCCACCACCCUGAGCGAUGCUGCACGGUACUCCGAGUUUACCAAAGAAGACAACAGAACCCGCAGCGCCCAGGAAGACAUUUUUACACAGUGUGCAAACAUGGCAGGUCUCCCAGCUGUGACACUUCCUAUUGCAUUGUCAGAGAGAAACCUUCCCAUCAGCCUCCAGUUCAUUGGGCAGGGGUUUCGCGAGAAGAACCUCCUUACUGUUGCCAAAUGGUAUGAGCAGCAAGUGAAAUUCCCUCUGAUUGAGUUUCAGGAUGUAGCGGAUCAUGUUUCAGAAUUCCCUAAAACAACAAAGUCAGCAUCUGCUUUCUGAUACCUUCAGAAUUAUUUGUAAAUAAAAAAGUUUCUCCUUAAGUACCGUCAGACCUGCUGUAACCACAGCAACCUGUAAAUAAAGUUUGUUUUUGAUGCAAGCAAAUCAAA